AUGUCACAGUUUCGCGAUACUUUUACUAAAGAGAGUAAAAAAGAGCCAUUAUUAAGUUAUGAUGACUCUGCAUUCAUUUUUUUUGCUGGAACUGUUUUAAUUUGCAUAUUAAUACCAUGUACAUAUAUUUAUUUAAAAUCUAUAAUUAUAAAAAUUUUUAACAAUGAUUAUUAUAAUUUAAAGAAAUCUAAGCACAAUAGUGUUUAUCGGUCGUGUACAUGUGCACUAUGCAAAGAUAAAUUAGAAAAAAGAAGUAAAAGCACGUCAAUAUGGGAAAAGUUUGGAUAUACAAAGAUAAUUCAAUUCUUUCUUUUGGCAUUAUUUUGGGGGAUAUUGUUUAUUUUAGUGGAGAAAAUGAUGAACACAAAACCAAUGCAAACAUUUGAUCCUUUUGAAAUAUUAGAAGUUGCUGUUGGAUCAACAAUGAGAGAAAUUAAAAAGGCUUAUAGACUGAAAUCAUUAAAAUUUCAUCCAGAUAAAAAUCCGAAUGAUACAUCAGCGGCUGCAAAAUUUAUUUUAAUAACAAAAGCUUAUCAAACAUUAACAGAUGAAGUAUCUAAGGAAAAUUAUGAAAAGUAUGGAAACCCCGAUGGGCCAGGAAUGAUGAAAGUUGGUAUUGGUUUACCAAAAUUGCUUAUCGAUGAGAAAUAUCAAUUAUUAAUAUUAUCAAUAUUUUUUUUAAUAUUUCUUGUGUUUAUACCUGCAAUAUUUAUUAUAUAUUAUCAAAAACAAAAACGAUAUGGUCCAAAUGGUGUUAAAAUAGAAACAUUACAAUUCUUAACUUAUACAAUAAAUGAAAAUACACGAGCAACAGCAUAUCCUGAAAUAUUAGCUGCGACAGGAGAAAGUAGAGAUAUGGAAUUAAGAGAAAGUGAUAAUAAACAUAUAAAAGAACUUAUGGAAGAGCUCACUGAACAUAAAAAAAGAAUGUUUAAAGUUCCUAUAGUAACAAAAAAUUAUUCCUUAAUAUUAGCUCAUAUGCAAAGAAGACAUGAUUUAUUAUCAGAAGAUUUGAAAAAUGAUUUAAAUGAAAUUCUUCGAUUUUCUUUAUUAAUAACACAUAGUAUGAUAGAAAUUAGUAUAUUACGAGAUUGGUUUUUAACAGCUCAAGCAGCUUUAACAUUUAGAAGAUGCUUAAUACAAGCAUGUGAUAUUCGUAGUUCGAGUUUAUUACAAAUUCCUCACAUUGAUGAAGAUAUUAUUAGGAAUAUGCAUAAAGGCAAAUUUGCUGUAAAGGAUAUCCUCGAAUUUGUCCAUCAAGAUCAUGAAAAUAGAAAGGGCUUAGCUGAUAUGAAUGAAAAUCAAAUUUUAGAUAUUAAAUCAUUUUGUACUGUUGUCCCAGAUAUAAAAAUGAAUGCUCGAAUUUUAGUAGAAGAUGAAACACAUAUUGUUAAAGGAGAUGUGGCUUCAAUUUAUGUACAGAUUGAUAGAACAAAUUUAAAAGAAAAAGAAGCUUCUGGAUAUAUACAUGCUCCUUAUUUCCCUCAACCCAAAUUUGAAGAAUGGUGGAUUAUUGCAACAUAUAAAGGAGAUGAUCGUAUAUUAAAAUAUGCACACAUUAAAAAUUGUGAAAAAAAUAUAGAAGAGAAAUUAAAAUUUAUGGUAGAUAAAGUAGGAAACUUAACUGUAUCUAUAUAUUUACUUAGUGAUUGUUAUUUUGGAUGUGAUAAAAAAUUGGAUUUAUCAUUUAAAUCUUACUCACCAACUGAAAUAAAGAGAGAAAUUUUUGUUCAUCCAGAAGAUUUAGAAUUGGAUAAUGAGCCAACUUUAUUUCAACAAAUGCUUGGAGAUGUAGGAAGAGGAGAAGAUGACACGGAUGAUGACGAAGAAGAUGAGGAAGUUUAUACUGGGAACAACCCUAACGAUGCUAAUGCAAAAGCAAAUGCUUCAAAUAAUCAAAAAACAAAUAAAAAUAAUAACAAGCAAUCUCAAGAUAAGUCAUCAAACAGUCACGAAAAGUAUGUACCCGAAAAUGAGCAAGACGACGAUUCUGAUGAUGAUUGA